CCUGUUAUGAUCAGGACAACGUGUUUCCUGCCAGCGGUGUUUACGUUUAUCAUCAGCACCAAAUCUCCACUGUUGCUUCCCGGGUUAUUCACCGAACGCAGGAGAAACAGCUGGCUAAAUUAGCCAUUAGCUCAGGUCAGUUAGUGUUGUUGAGCUAAUGUUGCUUAAGACAAAGUUACAGUAACAAGAGCACCUGGUCGCAUGCGUAUCCCCGUGAAGGAAGACGGUGUAGUUACUGGCCGACGACACACGUUACACAUAAAACAUUUGCGUUUUUUUGUAUUCUGCGUGAAGCUAAUGCUAAAUAAACCACAGAGUUUCUGUGUUUUUGUCGCGCGCAUUCCGGACGCUCGUGAACGUAACGCGAUGGUGUUUUGGCCCGCAGUGAUGACGUAGGCAGCGCAUUUUUUCUCUCAUGGCUGAGGAGGGACAAAAUCCUCCGGAGACGGUCUCCAAGUGUUGGAUUAACGUAACUCCCGAUGUACAUGAGAUAUUUUUCAAGGCUCUUUUCAGCUAUGGCUGGACCCAGGCCUGUGGUGCUUAGCGGGCCGUCCGGAGCAGGAAAGAGCACUCUGCUGAAGAAGCUCAUGAAGGAGUACGACAGCAUCUUUGGCUUCAGCGUCUCCCAUACGACCAGAAACCCUCGACCCGGCGAAGUGAACGGCAGAGAUUACCACUACGUUACACGGGAGGUGAUGCAGGCGAGCAUCGACAACGGCGAGUUCAUCGAGAGCGCAGAGUUCUCGGGGAACAUGUACGGGACGAGUAAAGCCGCCGUGCAGGCUGUCCAGGCCAAGAACCUCAUCUGUAUACUUGACAUUGACAUGCAGGGCGUGAGGAACAUCAAGACGACCGACCUGAACCCCAUCUACAUCUCCAUCCAGCCGCCAUCCAUGGCGGUCCUGGAGAAGCGCUUAAGAGACAGGAAAACGGAGUCGGAGGAGAGCCUUCAGAAGCGUUUACAAGCAGCCCAAGUGGAAAUGGAGUUCAGUAAAGAAGAUGGUGCAUUUGAUGUCAUAAUCAUCAAUGACAACCUGGAGGACGCCUACGGGCGCUUAAAGCAGGCUCUUCUUGAGGAAAUUAACAAUGUCAAGAAGACCAACAGUACUUCAUAGGAGACAGCGUCGUCUUGAUACCUUCCAAUCCCGCCCAGCCACUCCUCUCAAGAAACCACAGACCUCCAUUCCAGUCAUGUACAUUCCCUCCGGUGGUGAUCUCUCAAGCUCAGAUAACAUCUCCUAGUGGAUAUACAAACACAUAAGCUUUACACAGUGUUUAGAAGUACUUAUUACCAAAUAAUAACAUAGUAUAAAGUGAAAUAUUGUUUUUUUUAAAAAAAAAAACACUUUUAAACAGACAGGAAACUCUUUCCAUAUUUUUAUUUUGAACUAAAGAUACUCCAAUGACUCUUACUUGAAGUGUGACCGGCAUGCAGGACGUUCUGCCAGGCGGAAAUAAAUGCACCCAGACGUACAGCGUGCAGCUUCUCUCACCAGCCUGGAGAUACCGCAAUGUGGACAAACUGGGUUUAUAAUUAAAAGCACAUGUCUGGAUUAUAUCGGUUUUACGUGUGCAACCAGUUCCUCUGUGUUGAUGGUGAAGAAGCCUCGAGUUAAAUACCAGCACCUACCCGCAUGAGGUAAAACUCCUCUCUGGAAAUCAUGGCGUCUGUUUACUUUCAGAGGACACAUGCAAGUCACCGUUAAACUGUUGAAACAAUACAAUUAUUCCAAUGCCGGUAGAUGUUUUUCUUUUAAAUUUCUUUUUAAUGCUAGAUCAUGUGUUAACUCUGCUGGAUACCCAUAGACACUGCUGUGCUGUCAUAGGAUUAAAUCCCAUCAAUAUUUUGCUUGGAACAAAAACUAGAAUUGAGCUUUUUUUUUUUUUUUUUUAAACGAAGUCGUCUGUAAUAAGACAUUUUAACAGUUUGUGUUACAGUUGUAUAUUUGUAAAACUGUGUUGUUUUUUAACUGUCACGUUGCAGCUUCACCUUUACAGUAAAAUGACUUUCAGAGGACUGCUUCGGUUCUUCAUGAACAUCUUCAUCUUCAAAAACUUCCAGCGGAUUUAAUGGCAUGUUUAUCUUUUGUGGAAUCAAGUACACACUAAAACUCAUUUUUACUUGAAAACUAAAAACUAUUUGCUUGUUUUUUCUUUUCAAUUUUGUGUAUAUUACCCAAACUAUUAUGUACAGGCGUCUUGUAACCUCUGUUCCUGAGAUUGACAUCUAUUUGUGACACUGUGCCAACAUCACUCUUUAAUAAACGCAUGCAGUCCUCUGAUUUGCCAUUUAAAACUGAA